AUGCCGACCGAUAAUCCCCUCACAACGCUCUACAAAGAGGUCGACGGCAGCAAGAUCUCCACCGACGUCUAUCUGCCCCCGUCGGACGCGUCGUCACCCCAAAAAUAUCCCGUCGUCAUUGACAUCCAUGGCGGUGCUUUCAUGCUCGGCCACUCCCGCAUGGUCUCCAUCCCCCAGGUAAACGACUGUCUGGACCGAGGCUGGAUCGUGCUCGUUCCGAACCAUCGGCUUUGUCCCGGAGUGAACUUGUUAGACGGGCCGAUGCGGGAUAUCCGCGAUCUACUAGCCUGGAUCCACGAUGGCCAUCUCGAACAAUUUCUAAAGGACCAUGGGCCUUACCAGGCUGAUCUGGAAAAUGUCGCUGCGUUCGGAACCUCGUCUGGCGGCCAUUUAGCUCUUAGCUUGGGUUUCAACGUCCCAAUUCCCGCAAAAGCAAUCUUCUCCCUCUACGGCACAGUGAAUUUCUCAAACCCACUCUGGUCAAAACCAAUCCCCCACGUCGCCGCCAAACUUCCCAAAGAUCUUUCCCUGGAAUUUCUCAACAAGAUCUAUGACGAAUUUCCCAUCCCGACGGAUUCCUCUGUUUCGUUAGAAGGCCAGACUGAAUCUGGCGUGUCCAAGGGUCCUGAUUUCUCAAAGGCCCGAGACGCGUUCGCUUUUACACAGAUCGCGGGCGGAAUGGUCACAAGUGCUAUUUACCCCCAGAGUCAGAGUAUUGACACCAAGUUCGAUCUUGUUGAUCCGGCGAGGAAUGUCACGGCGAAUUUCCCGCCGACUUAUAUCGUGCAUGGGCAGGCUGAUACGAUGGUUCCUAUUGAUCUUAGUAGGGAUUUCUUGGCAACACUGAAAGAGGCGGGUGUCAGGUGUGGAAUGACCGAGGUUCCUGGGGAGGAACAUACUUUUGCGGCUAUGAUGGAGGUUGGGUCGAAGACUUGGUGGUUGCAGAGGGAGGGAUUUGAUUUCCUUGAGGAGAUUAUUGGGAGAGGGCCUAAGAAGGGGCGAUUUUCAAGUUGA